UCAUUUUACCAAUCGGCACAGCACGCUCCCACAGCUGCCUCCAUCCGUCCCCUUCUCCUCCAACUCCUCCGCCGCCGCUCCUGCUAGGGUUAAGGUAACGUGCGCGCGAGGCGACCGAUGUCGACGGGAGCGGGAGCGGAACCGGAGAUGGACGACGGUUACGGCUUUGACACGGUCUUCAACGUGGAGGCUUUCUCCGACAGGACGCUGCAGGUAGAGGUCGUCGGCCGCGACGACCACGCGCCUGGGUCCGGCCGCAAGCGCCGCCGCGAGGAGGACAAAGAAUAUGAUGGAGAACAUAUUGACUCGUCUUGUACUGUGAUGAGUACACCAGUUUUACGAGUGGAGACCAUAUAUGUGAGCUCGGCGAUUCUUGCUGCAAAAAGUAGUUUCUUUCGCAAGCUUUUCUCAAAUGGCAUGAAAGAAUCUGGUCAGAGAGAGGCAACAGUUAGACUUGCUGAUUCAGAGGAAAAGGCCUUCAUGGAGCUUUUACGCUUCAUGUACACGGGAAAGUUGACACCAACAACUGAGCCCACUCAUCUGGUUGACAUCUUGAUGGCUGCUGACAAAUUUGAGGUCAUUUCUUGCAUGAAGCUUUGUGGUAAGCGGCUUAUCGACCUGCCUAUGACCCCAGAGUAUGCAGUGAUGUGCCUAAAUCUCCCGUGUUCUAUUUCAGUGCCAGCUGCCCUAACAGAGGCAGUCAUGAAAUUCCUUGCUGAACGGUACAAGGAAUUCCUGUCAACAGAGUCCCAAGAUGAACUGAUGAGGAUCCCUGGUGCUGGGAUUGAAGCCAUCCUAAGAAGGAAUAGCUUUGGGUUUGCAUCUGAAGUAGCUGUCUAUGACUUCGUGCUUAGGUGGACCUGUUAUCAGUGCCCAAAUUCAGAAGAAAGACGGAAGUUCUCGAGUAAUAUUUUACUUCCGGUUGUGCAACAAAUGCACAUGUUGACCAAUGCCUUUGCAAUGUUCACCAACGCCAUUGCAGUUGAUCAUCCGUCUGGGACCAUGUCUUCUAUCUCUCGGCAUGCUGUGCUAUGAAGGAGCAGCUCCAAUAUUUUUACCUUGGAAUACAAGUGCUAACAUAUACCAAGGGGGCAGCAAGGGGGGCAAUAGAUUAUAAGUUUGAGGCAAAGAGAACACCGUCGCUGGAGUUUGUCACCAUGUUUAGUCGCACCAUCAACUCCGAUAGCAGGGUAGCUGUUCGAUGCAAGUUUCUUUGGUCGCAGUUCAUUGCUGACAACAACCCGUUCUUCGUUGAGGACAAACUCCAUUUGCGAGUCCAUGUGACCACAAAACCGCUGCAGCCAUAGUGUGAUGUGUGCAUUAGCUGCUAGCUUGACGAGCCCAAGAGUUUCGUUUGUGCGGGCGAGGAAAAGCCCCUAUUAUUCUGAAACAUGAAGAAACCUGAACCGGGGUGCUCUGGCUAUUUGCUAGCAUUUUGCUCACUCUCUUUUGGUGACUGGAAUUAAUGUCGCAUGUAAGUAUCUAGAAUCUGAUGCUGGGGGUUUCACCUUCUUGAAUACUGUUACUAGACGCAAAACUGUUGUCUGCCCCGAAGGUGCUGGCCAGUUAAUGCUGCGGCAUAGGCCAAUGUUCACAAAAACUGUUGCUUUGCAGGUCAGUGGCAACGAAAUGCUCAAAAGUUUGCUCUC